AUGAGAUAUCGCGUGUGGGGUCGUGGUUCGGUGGCGUGCAGCGUACUGGUGGCGGUGACGGCCAUGUCCUGGCUGCUCGUGCUGGACAUGUCCGAUCAGGUUGCAGCCGACCUGCUGGGUGACUUACAGAAAGGGCUGCAAACGACGGGCAAGCUGUUCGGUAUCAACACCAUCGCCGACGUGGCCGACCUAGUGGCGAAGGGGUUCGCGAACCGGCGGGGUUCACAAGACCCGGUACGACCAGCGGCCACAGGGGGUGCAGAAGGGUUGUUCGCCCACGCACCCUCCAUGAUGACGAUCAUGAUGAAGUUGCUUGGAUUGGACGGAAACCAGCUGGGUGCAAUGCUGGUCAACGGUAUCGUGUUCCUGGCGCACAUCAUUGGGACGAAUUUAGGGGCCUUCCGGACGACACCCUUGGUGGCGAGUACAGGAACGCGAGACUCCUCAACGGAGGAAGCACCAUCCGGGAUGAGUGACAUUUCGCGACCAACCGGGACUCCGCUCGACUGGCUCCUGCGAAAUCCAUCGCGACGUUUUCGGGUCCUCCUGGACCAGGUAGAGAACACCGACCUAACCGAACUGCUGGACCGAGAGAUGGACUACCUUGACCGCUAUCCACCGGAGGACACACACUGCAUCCGGCAGCUGAUGUGCAUUAUAAAGCCGUUCAUCUGGAAGAUGCAGCAUGUCGUCCGGGAGCAGAUCUUGAAUCGGGGUGAGACGGGUGGCAAGCAGACGGAAUCCGGGAAGCAAACCAGGUCUCGGAUGCCUGGUGGGAAGGAGAUCCUGGAACGUCUCCAUGCCAACCUGCCUGGAAGAGAUGAGAUCCAGCAGCAACGCAAGCUCUGCGAAAAGCAAUACAGCCAUUGCACGCAAAACCCUUCGUAGGU